GCCCUCGUGGUGUCAAACGCACCAAGGACGAUUUGAAGGAACGUGAUCUUUGCCCUUUGACUGCCGGAAGUGUUCUUGCUAGGCGGCAAACUCAAAAGAGAUGGCAACAGACUACCUGGAUAAAGUUUUGGAAGCGAUUUGCGCUUUACCUUUGCAGUCACUAGACGAUGAAUGGGUAAAAGCCUGUUGGGAUGGUCACUUCUUAGAUGUUACUCCCUUACCUCUUACAACUGAAAACUUGUUGCAAGAGGCAGACUAUCACGCUGAUCAGCUUCAGAAAGUUCUGGACACUUGUAAACAGUGGAGCAAUAAGGAAUCAAACACUGAAGGGUUUUGGACUGUCCUUCUGGAGAAUGAUGUAUCGCACAAGGCGCUGCUUGCAUUUUUGGCACACCUCAUUCCUAUGGACCAUAAUGUAAAGACAUGCCGAGGUAAAAAAAAAGAGGCUGCCUUCAUCGCCGCCACAUUGUACCUAAGUCUUGCUGGUUUGCAAGGAAGCCGAGCAUUUAAAAUUUACAAUCCUGAUCUUCUGCUGCGUGUGGUGGAUCUUCUAAAGGCGGAUGUAAAAUCAGGUGGAAAUGACAAAAGAAAAAAAAGUAUCCCUCCAGCAGGCCACAGUCAAUCACAACCCAGAAAACGGCAGCAUGCUGCAUCUCAGCAAGAUAUGCAGUCGUCCGCAGAUUCUUUGGAAGCAGAGGAGGAUGAAGAGGAUGCAAACGAUGAGGAAGAGUUAUCUACCACACAGCUCAACUGCCUCAGAAAUCUUCACAGAAGACUUCUUAAUGAGCUGGUAUCAUUUUUGGAGAACUUUUCUCUUCGAGAAUCAUUUCUUACUUUGGAUCACAUUCUCAGGGUUUUGGGCAGCCUUGUUCGACAGGACAAUGAAAACUUUGAUGGAAAGUUUGCAAACUUAACUACCAUUGCAAACCUUGGAACUUGUGAACUUGCAUACAAGGGGAUAUACAUUUUGUGCCAGCCUUUGCAUGGUGACAUAACGGCCCUUACCACAGCCGCUUGCAAAUACCUGUUACCUAGUGCACUGAUGCUGCUUGAGAGAAAGAAGGUUUGUGCCUCUCAGACGAUUCCUCGCAACCUUGUGCUGGGAAGAAACCACACACUUGCUUUCAUUAGGUUCCUGUUGAAAAUGAUUGGGAAACCAGCUUUUGUGAGCAUUAAGAUUCUGCUGCAGCAUAUGUGUAUGCAGGUCCCUGAUCGUGCUGAGUACAGAAGCAAAACUGCCCAGGCUGUGGUUGAAAUUUUAAAGGACUUUCCUGAUGAAAUUUAUGCUUUCAUGCUUAAAUGGAUUGGAAUACUCUCAAGAAAUGAAAAGAGCAAUGUCCGCACAUUUUCCCUGGAUGUGAUAUGCUUGCUUCUAGAACAGACAGAGCGACACUUAAAAGAUGUGCCAGAGGAAGCAAUGGUCGCAGCCUCACAUGGUAGUCUGAUGAAGCAGUUGUUGGCCAGGUGCUCAGAUGUGGCUGCUAGUGUUCGCGCUCGAGCAUUAACAGGAUUUGCUCAGUGUCUACAAUCAGGAGGCAUAUCUGCUAGAACCGCCAUUGUGGAAAUGAUAACCCCACGACCAACUGCAUCCUCUAAUACACCAUAUCUUGUACCUACACCGUCUGAUCAUGUUCGCACAGUGGAGCAAGCAGAGAGAACAGGUAUAGAGUCCAGCCAUGCUGAUAGUGAAAUCAGCUGUCAAAUAAACCAGAUUGACGGUACUCCGAUCAGACAAGAAACACCAGCAAAGACGGAAAAACCAACACCAUUUUGUGCCGUGAAUAUUGAAGCAUCAAGCAAUAACAGUUUACCUGACAGAGAUGGGGUAAUCUCCAUGCUGCACAGGCGGGCAAGAGAUGAGAAGGUCCAUGUCCGCAAAUCUGCCUUGUUGGCGCUCCACAAGCUCAUUGUCUUUGAAGCUAUGCUCUUCAAACAAGAGGAUGUGGAGAUACUUUGUGAACGAUGUCGGGACAAGGCACUGUCAGUUCGCAAGCAAGCUAUAGCAUCGCUGACUGAGGUCUUUUGGAAUUUUCAAGAUAAUAUCUAUGUACAAAGUGCUUGGUUAAAAGGAGUCCUGCCGAUGGUGUGGGAUCAGGAGACAUCUGUUCAGGAUAGAAGUCUGGAGCUUAUUGAAGAAAUCAUCAUCAUCAACAUUGUUCCUGCUCACAGAACGAAAGAAAAAAGUCAUUUCACAGCUUGGGAUCUUCUGGCUUUGAUUGGCAAGAAUGAGAACUCAGAUUUGAGGAGGUAUUUCCGAAAAGCUUGUCGUCUUUUGGAGCAACAGAAGAAGUUGAAGAGCUCUUUAAUCACUUCUGCACAAACCCAUGUUAACACAAAGAAUAAUCAGGCUGCUUGGAGUUUGCUGGCUGACAUAGCUUUGACAAAGUCCAGAGUGGAUAUCAAACUAGUUGUUCAGUACUGGAAGGAUAACCAUCAUUCUAUUACAGGUGACAUGGGUGGUGAAGUGUGGGAAAAUGUUGCCAAGGUUAUCACUCACUGUGCCAGCCUCAUUCCUCAAAAUGACAGAAGUGAACUUGCUGGUGACUUAAAAACACAUCUCCUCAAAUUUUAUUUACAGCCAGUUCUUAUCUACUCCUUUGCAUCAGCGGUUCACCAGCUUAGCCUUGCACAAGCACACAAUGACGUGCAUCGAUGUCAAGAAUGGGGACAGGACCUGCUGGUGGCAUGCCAUCAAUAUCUCUCUGGCACUGUGGUGGAGGAAGACAGCAAUGGUGACAAGCAGUUAGAUGAAGACCUUCUUACCUGUCAUCUGUACACACUAGGAGUGGUUGCACAGCUGUGUCCUGCAAUCACAUCUCCUCGCAUCCCUAUAUUGGUUCAGUCCUUCAUUGCCACACCAAACUUAGCAGCAUUAGAUACUGGUUCUGAUGAUGUAUCGUCUGCAAGCUCACAAGUGUCUCGAGGUUCACAGGCCACACAUCCAUCAGAAGCAAGUCGGGGCUCACAGGUUAACCCAGGAACACAAAGCACACAAGCCCUUUCUCAGUUUCGAGGUUCAAGAAUGUCAGAUCGUGUCCGUGCCGUAGCCUUCUUAACACUUGGCAGAUUAUGUCUGCAAGACAAUACCGUGGCCAAGAAAUGUGUUCCUGCCAUGGCACGAGAGCUAGAGCUGUCUUCCAGUGACAACAUCCGAAACAACAUUGUCAUUAUUUUAAGAGACCUUUGUGUUAGGUACACAACAUUAGUUGACCCCUAUGUGGCCAGCAUGGCAAGUUGUCUAAGGGAUCCAGCUCCACUUGUCCGCAGACAAACAAUUGAACUUAUCACAGGGCUUCUUCAGGAGGACUACCUUAAAUGGAAAGGCACCCUUUUUUUCCGCUUCAUCUGCACAUUGCUAGAUCCUCAUCCAGAUAUUCAAGCCUUUGCUGAGUUUUGCCUUGGACACCACUUACUGAGGCGUCAUCCAACGCUGAUGUCACAGCAUCUGCUGGAAUGCAUCUUUGUCUUCAAUGACUACAACAAACAUGCAGUCUUUAACAAGUAUACUCAGACAGACAGAGAAAGAGAGCUGUUUAGCUUGAAAGGGAAACAAAAUCAGAGCAAUCGGCUGAAACUCUAUCACUUUAUGCUGGAGCACAUGGAGGAUGAACAUCGUUUCCAGUUGACUGCCAAAAUAUCACAAGAGGUACUUGGGGCAGUUGUGGAUGGAAUUUUACCUCUGGAUGAAGAGAGUCAUGAUCUUCUGCAAGAUGCCUUAGACAUUCUCAGCAGCAAGGAGAUCAAACUGAAUUCACUACGCAGUAAGCCAGUAGAGGAUGCAAGUGAUGAAAUAGAGAUGGCCAAUGCAGUGAUAGCUUCAGCCAAAAAGACUCUCAUUACACAGGUGGUGAAAAAAAAUGUCAUGGAAAAUGUUGUCCCAGUGGUUCUGUCACUGAAACAUAUGCUUGAAAAAGACCGUUCACCAUUGUUGAAAGACUUAAUGAGUUUUCUAAGAGAGCUCAUGAAGGACUACAAGAAUGAAAUAAAAGAUAUCCUAGCAGCAGACCAGCAAUUGGCAUGUGAAGUAGAGUACGAUCUUCGGAAAUUUGUGAGGCAAGGGACAGAGACUGUUAGACAGGAAGAAUCUGAUUCUGAUACUUCAGCAUCAGGAGUGGCACAUGCUGUGGCCAGUACUUCAGCUGCUUUACCUGUGGCAACCCCAGCAAGAGUUUGUGCCAAUGCUUCCAAAACAACCACUCCUGGUGCUGCUAACAAAUUGUUGGUAUCUACAGCCAUCACCAUGCCGCCUGCCACUCCAAAAACACCAAAAGACAUGAUUCAAGCCAUACGAGAAGCCACUUUACGAACAGUGGAAAACCUAAGACGGAGCAGGCAGUCAGAAAGAAGUCAGUCAUCAGAAAGUGUCUCAAAUGUAGAGAACCUCGGAUGCUCACCAUCAAGAAAAAGCAGUGAGGGAAGUCAAGCUGAGGGACUACUCCAGACGCCUGGACGAAAACCUUUACGUGCCUUUAGUACGCCCUCUGCUGCUCUCGGUAACUUGACCUUUGCUGGGUUCAAUUCAACUUUGCCCAUGGUGCCACCCUCGCCAAUACUGGGAAAGAAUCUAUCCAAUGCUAUGCAAGAUGGUGAUGAGGAUGUGAAUGUUGUCUUUAUGUCCUCACCUGAAGUGAAACAACCUCAGCCAAAGAAAUGGAAGGUCAAAGUAAAGACUCAGAAAGAGGCAGAGGCUGAGACUGAGCCAGCAGCCAGCAGAUCGCCGCUACUGAAACAGAGUAGAAGAGGACGGCGUUGAAGUCCAUUUGAAAAAAUAUCACUGUAGAUGGUACCUCCUGCUCGCCCUCUUCUGCUUAUCUACGUCAUACUGAUUAGUUCUUUCUUUGCAAAAUCAGGCCUUAAAUUUGUUUGCUCAGCAUUCUUUGUCAAGGGGUCAGGGUGGAACCCUUCACCUGUAAAGGAAUGUGGAAGAAUGGUGAUCCUAUGUAGAGUCCCCUGGCUGUUUUAGAGCUGGGAAUGUAGAGUUUUGCUUCGCAGCAUGGGAGAAAAAUGUAUGUAGCCGUGAUUGUGAUGACUGAAAUUGAAGUUAUGAUAAAUUAUUCAUUGUUUAAAUGUGUAUUUUUAAAAGAUAGUCUCUCGUGCUGAAGAAAAUUACUGUAAAGGUGUUGCAGACUUAUUUCAGUGUUAAGAAAAGAUGGACAGGCCUAAUGUUCCUACUGUGAUCCUUCAGGGUUAAUAUGCCAGCAUUGGAAUGGGGAAGGAACUGGUCUACUUUUAGGUACUGAAUGGACAAAAGCUGAUGAUUCUAAGAAUUACUGGUAUCCAAGCUGAGUAACAUGUAAAAUUUGACAGAAACUGUAAUACAUAAGCUGUCGGUUGGUCAUUGUGCUAAACCUGUGACACUUUUUGCAUCCUUUGACCAGGCUGACUUCUGUUCCUUAAGUCGAUUAUUUUAGGUUUGUCUUGCUAUGAAGACUAGAAUGAAAUGAUCAUGCAUUUUAUACUGUGAAUAAGUAAUAGACCAUGCAAUUAUAAGUGUAAGAUAAAUGAAUCAGUGUAUAACUCGCAGCUGACUCUUCUCUGUACAAUGUGAUGUGAGGCGGAGUAAAGGUGGUGAAUAGAGGAGGGGAUGAUAUAAAAUAUGCGACAUAGUGUCAGUAAUGGUAGGGUAGGAUGGUAGUGUCGUUAAUAAUAAAAUAAUGGUGUGAGCUUUUAUAGCAUGGUAUCCAAGCCAAAGCCAGGUUCUCCUUACAACAAAAGCACAAGAUAGACAAAAUUCCUGUGUCUCUGUAAAGUUAAAAGGAAUGUCAGGUCUUUUUCUGCCAGAUGACAUUCAUAGAUCAAGAUGUUGAUGAAACAGAGCAACAGUCGUUGGACUGGAGCAGAAUAGUUCAAUAACCGAACACGUUCGAUUGAAGCGUCAGGAGAAGAUCCAGAUGAUCACAAAGCUUGAAAUUGCAGCACAGUGUUGAAACGCAUGACUGGCUCUAAUGUAAAGUCUAUCUCAGGGACGACUUGUAAAAGUGAAUAAAGGCCAGAGAGGACUAACGACGAUGAGAAAGUCGAUAUUAGCAGGACCGGCAGGGACUUGUGGAGUGGUUAACUGCCCAUGCACAUAGGAAUGAAGAUGUAUGUAACCAGACCUAGGGUGCACAAAAGCUUAUAUAGUAGGUUAAGAGAAAAAAAAAAGUGAAGUUUACGCAUAGAGAUCGUUUAUCGAGCAAUGCGCAUCAUGGGUUGGGUAAGGUGUAUGGCGGAAGAGGUUGCGAUGUGUGUGAUUUGUUUGGGCAAGGUGCUUGGAUCGCACACACUACUUGUUCUGCGCAAGAUAAAACUAACUGUACUGUCGUUGCCAGCUGACUGCUGCAUCUUGGGUGUGACAUCCUCAGCUAAAUGUCACAGGGGAUGACUCCGCACAGGAAACAACAGCUAACUUCGCACAGCCAUGACCAAUGUGUGUCGUGCCACGAUGACUAAAAAUGCUUUCUGAAAAAAUCGUGUUACGUUCCUAUUUUAAGAUUUAGGGCAGAGGCUAACGCCUGUCACCAACAUAGUGAGGGUUGGCUGUCCUGGGUUCAGAUCUCGUCUCGGGCGCGCUGUUCUUCGUCUGCAUAUGGGACCUAUUAUAUUGGGUCAGCUGCUUUGCCGUGAUGUAACCUUAGAACUCUUUUACUGCAGUUUAAUCUGCGCUAUUGCAGAAGUAAAUUACAUCAAAUGAUAACACCGUGUGCAGGCUAAUUCGGUCCAUAAGUUAAUGCUCUUAGGGCUUAUCAUUGCAGUAAACACCGUGAUGACACACAUUAAAAUAACCGAGUCGGAAGCUCUUUCCUCUCAAAUGCGUCAGAUAAUGUCGGCAACUCACCAGGAG